GGCACCGGAGCGGCACCGGAGCGGCACCGGAGCGCGCGACCACCAGCGUGGAGGAGGCAGAGCCAUGGCAUCGCUGCUGUGCAACGCCCGCAUCCAGCUCACAGACACGCUGGAGCAGAUGCAGCAAGGGACACUGAUGCGCAAAGUCAAGUCCAAGAGCUGGAAGAAGCAGCGUUACUUCAAGCUGCAGGAUGACUGCAUGACCAUCUGGUACCAGUCCAAGAGGACAGGCAAAACUGAGUCUGCCUUCUCCAUCAGCGAUGUGGAGACAGUGCGGGAAGGGCACCAGUCCGAGGUGCUGCAGAGCCUGGCCGAGGAGUUCCCCCCCGAGCGCUGCUUCACCAUUGUCUUCUACGGCCGCCGGGGCAACCUGGACCUCAUUGCUGGCUCGGCAGAGGAGGCACAGUGCUGGGUCCAGGGCCUGCGCCAGCUCAUCGAGGUGGCCACCAGCAUGGACCAAAGGGAGAAGAUAGACCAGUGGAUUCGUGACUGGUUCCAGAAAGCCGACAAGAAUAAGGAUGGGCGCAUGAAUUUCAAGGAGGUGCAGCGUCUCCUCAAGAUGAUGAAUGUGGAUAUGAAUGAGGAUCAUGCUCUGCGGCUCUUCCAGGAUGCCGACAAGUCUGAGUCAGGGACACUGGAAGGGGAGGAGUUUGUGCUCUUCUACAAGGCCCUCACGCAGCGCGAGGAGGUGCUGAGCCUCUUUCAGGACUACUCCGAGGAUGGGAAGAAGCUGACGCUGCUGGAGCUGGUGGAUUUCCUGCAGCAGGAGCAGCUGGAGGAUGAGGGCACAGAGGAGUUGGCCAUGGAGCUCAUCGACAAGUAUGAACCAUCGGAGACAGCCCGGGCUCGCCACGUGCUGAGUGUCGACGGGUUCCUCAUGUACCUCUGCUCCCCGGAGGGCUCCAUCUUCAACCCCCGGCACCAGGCGCUGUGGCAAGACAUGAGCCAGCCGCUCUGCCACUACUUCAUCUCCUCCUCCCACAACACCUACCUGAUAGAGGACCAGAUCCGGGGCCAGAGCAGCAUCGAGGGCUACAUCAGGGCUCUGAAACGGGGCUGCCGGUGCUUGGAGGUGGAUUGCUGGGACGGGCCGAAUGGGGAGCCCAUGGUGUACCACGGCCACACCUUCACCUCCAAGAUUCCCUUCCGGGAGGUGGUGAGCACCCUGGGGAAGUACGCCUUCAAGACCUCAGACUACCCGGUGAUCCUGUCCCUGGAGAACCACUGCAGCAUGGAACAGCAGGAGGUCCUGGCCCAGCAGCUCAAGGACAUCCUGGGAGAACAGCUCCUCACCACCACCACUGAUGGGCACGUCCCCACCCAGCUCCCAUCCCCAGAGGAGCUGAAGCACAAGAUCCUGUUGAAGGGGAAGAAGAUUGGGCGGCUGGAGGACACGCUGGAUGGGCCAGGGGACGGGGCUCAUGAUGUAUCCGAUGAUGACAAUGGGGCAGAGGCAGAGGAGGAGAGGCGGAGGACGAAGAAGGACAAGGAGAGCCUGGCACAGGCGUUGUCCGACUGUGUCAUCUACUGCAAGAACGUGUCCUUCCGGGGCUUCCAGGAGGCCCGCAGCCACUCCCGGCCCUCCGAGAUCUCCUCGCUCUCUGAGGCCAAGGCCAGGAAGCUCAUCAAGGACGCGGGGAAUGAGUUUGUCCGCCACAACGCCUGGCAGCUGACACGCAUCUACCCCAGCGGGAUGCGGACCGACUCCUCCAACUACAGCCCCCAGGAGAUGUGGAACGUGGGGUGCCAGAUCGCUCUGCAUCUCUCUGGCCACGGGGACGGGCUGGUUCUCAGCUCCAAGCAGGGCACGGUGCCUCCAAGCUGCCCUCAACCCUUUCCCUGCCACCUUCUCCCAGUGGCCCUGAACUUCCAGACAGCCGGCACAGAGAUGGACCUGUGUGAUGGGCUCUUCAGCCAGAAUGGCGGCUGCGGCUAUGUGCUCAAACCACCCUUCAUGAGGGAUGAGGAGACGCUCUUCAACCCCAGUGACCCUGGCAGCCGGGAGGGUCCUGGCCCCAUCACCCUGACAAUCCAGGUGAUCAGUGGGCAGCAGCUGCCCAAAGUGGCCAACAGCAAGGACGGAGCUGUCAUCGACCCACUGGUGCGCGUGGAGAUCCACGGGGUCCCCGCCGACCAGGCACGCCAGGAGACAAAGUACAUCGAGAACAACGGGUUUAACCCCCGCUGGGACGAGACACUCCAGUUCCAGCUCCACGUGCCCGAGCUGGCCCUCGUCCGCUUCGUGGUGGAAGAUUACGACAAGACUUCCAGGAACGACUUUGUGGGCCAGUUCACCCUAGCCUUUGCCAACAUCAAACCUGGAUACCGCCACAUCCAUCUCCUCUCCAAGGAUGGCACCAGCAUUCCACCCUCUUCGCUCUUUGUCCACAUCCGCAUCACCGACCCGCCCGGCCCUGAGCAGGACUGAGGUUAUGUGGAGAGCAGGACCCAGAUGGAAGCCACAGAGUCGGCUCCAAGGGGCUGGGGCAGAGGAGCCAACCGCAUCUCCCUCUUGUUAAGCCGUUUGUGUCAUCCCCGUGUCAUUGUUGCUGCCGUGCUCCCCUUUUCAGUAGCCUCUGAGGGCUGGGAAAAGGCACUGACCUCCCCUCCCCAGGUUCUGUAUGCUGCCUCCCACCCACGAAUGUGGGGUCUGUGCUGGUGCAGGCCCCGGCGCCCCCCACAUUCAUCUUGCCCUGGCCCACAGGAAGAGGAGAGAUGGUGCACGGUCCCCGGCUCUGCUGCAGGGGCUGGUCCCCCCAGGUGAGCAAGGCUGGAGCUGAGCAAACCCCGAUGCUGGGCAGAGCUGGGAGAAGAAUCUGUCUGCAGUGCCCCGUGACCCUACAGAGCCCCAUCGCAGCCCCUAGCCCCUACAGCCCCCCCGGGCUGCUCCUGGCCAGCACCCAGUACUAACCCUUGCCACAUCCUUUCUCUGUAAGCAACCUAAUAAAUUGUUCAGUGACAGGCA